AUGGUACUUUUUAGUCUUUUAUCCCUUGUAUACUCGAAGGAACUCAACAAACAGCAAGAGCAAAGCCUUGGCUACUCGUUAAUAAAGAAGAAACAAUUCCUGAAGCUAUUUCGUCCAGCCUGGAAUAGUACCUUUACCAUAAAGAAUAUUCAGAAGGCAUUCGCAAAGCCUGGCAUUUGGCCAUAUAAUCCUGCUCUUGUUUUAAAGGUUAUUUGCCGUCCAAUUACUCCCCCAGAGGCCAUUCAACCUACUCUACGAUCUGCGAAAUCGAUUCGACACUUCCAAGCUGACUUUCGCAAAAAUCCGUCCCAAGCGAAGCUUGAGAAGCUCUUUAGAGCUAAUAAAGAGCUAGCUGUACAAGCCGCACUCGAUAGACAUAUAAAGGAAGGGUUACUUGAGGUAUUAAAGGACGAAAAAAAGAGUAAGGCUCGUGGAAAGCGGCUAAACGUCUUGGGGGAGGAGCAUACGAAGCCAAUACUCUUCUCUGCAGAUAAUAUUCGACGUACACAGGAGCUUUUUGCUAAAAAGGAGGCAUUUGCGAAAUCUGAACGGAUACGAAUUAAUACUAAAAAGGCUGCCCAAGCUCUUAAAAAGCAAAAGAACGAAGCUGAGAAGGCAGAGAAGGCUCUACAAGUAGCAGUAAGGGGGGAGAAUAUUAAUAAAGUGAGAAUUAAGGAGAAGGCUGAAUUGCAAGCUCAAAAAGAGAAGGAAGCUAAGCAAAAGAAGGUUCCAAAGGCUCUUCCAGUGAGAAUUAAGACUCCUGCGAAACCUAGAAAGGUACCAGUUCUCAAAAAGAAGGUUGUUUCCUUUAUUAAUGGUAAUAUUAAUGGGGGGGUCCUAGAAACACCGGUAAAACAGAGCUCCCGGGGGCGUGCGAUAAAACCACGGGUAAUUUUUGAGAAGGGGUCUAAUUAA